GAGACGUAAUCUGGGCUAGAGGGGCCGGAGCUCAGCCGAUUGAGUGGCUAGAGAGGCCGGAGGUAAGUGGCUGUGGAAGUCGGGCGGACCCGGAAUCCGGAGGAAACAGGACCAUGACUUAUGCUUAUCUCUUCAAGUACAUCAUCAUCGGGGACACAGGUGUGGGGAAGUCAUGUCUCCUCCUGCAGUUUACAGACAAGCGGUUCCAGCCUGUUCACGACCUCACAAUAGGUGUGGAGUUUGGGGCCCGUAUGGUCAACAUUGAUGGAAAACAAAUCAAACUGCAAAUCUGGGAUACGGCUGGGCAAGAAUCCUUCCGUUCUAUCACCCGUUCCUACUACAGGGGAGCAGCUGGAGCACUGCUGGUAUAUGACAUUACAAGGCGUGAAACCUUCAACCACCUGACCUCAUGGUUAGAGGAUGCCCGGCAGCACUCUAGCUCCAACAUGGUUAUCAUGCUGAUUGGGAAUAAGAGUGACUUAGAGUCUCGCAGGGAUGUGAAGAGAGAAGAAGGAGAGGCUUUUGCUCGGGAGCAUGGACUUAUAUUCAUGGAAACUUCAGCCAAAACAGCCUGCAAUGUUGAAGAGGCCUUCAUUAACACAGCCAAAGAAAUAUAUAGGAAGAUCCAGCAGGGUUUAUUUGAUGUCCACAAUGAGGCAAAUGGCAUCAAGAUUGGUCCCCAACAGUGUAUUUCAACAUCAGUGGGAUCCAGUGCCUCCCAGAGGAACUCUGGUGAUGUAGAGUCCAACUCUGGCUGCUGCUGAACAUCUGGCCUGGACUCUCUUUUUCUUCCUGGAACAGCUUCAUAUCAAUAGGCUUAAAGAAAGAGGUCUUACUUGUUUUGGCUGAGAAAAGCUUCUUUCAAGAUGUGAUGUUUUGCCUUUCCACUUAAAGACCAAGGGAGAAUUUGGGCCUUUACUGACCUGUCUUUCUUCAGGGAUGUGAGCAUUCCCUAUAGAGUAAGGCUCUUCUCAUCUUCCUAUUUUAAUUUCUAAAAUGUUAGGAUCAAAUUCGAUUGUCAUGGUAGUUCAAAAAUAAAUUCUUUUAUGAGUAUACACAAUCUGCUUCCCACCAAGAAUUAGUAACUAGGAUCUGGGACAUUCUGCUUGAGUACUUGAGAUUACUGGGAUCUGGCUGGCCUUUGGACAAUAGAUUCUCUGUCUAGGACUUUCAUUGAGUUUUUUCACUUGCCACUUUAUAAGAGUUCUUGCAGAAGGCAGUUCCUUCUACCUAAACUUCUCUACCAUCCUAUUACUAGUUUCUCUGUCUUAGAGUAACUGUGAAAUUUUUGACAGCAGUGGAGUUGCUCCUGGACCAGUGUCCACUUAUCUUUACCUAAAGAAAACAUCUUUCCCUUUUCCUUUUGUUUUAGGGACCAGACCUAACGUUGCAGUGUCUCUCACCAAACAGACCCCUACUGUUUCAUCACACUCACUUCUUAAUGGACCUAUUUAGACUUUUUUACUCUAUAAUCAAGCUAAUCUGCUUACUUACUUGACAUGACAUAUUUACUUCACUUCUAUGCCUUUGCACAUGCCCCAGUCUCUGCUAACAUUACACUCAGAGUCCAAAAAGUUUUCCUUUAGAAAGCCUUUGACUGAUCUAGGGACUUCUAAACAAUUAUUGACACAGUACCCUUUAGUUUUCAUAUGUUCUUUAUUCAUAUGUAUAUUUAUUUGUAUUUAUGUUACUCUGUAAAUAUGUUUUAUAGUUGUUUUGUGUGUGGAAUUUGUCUUCCAAUAUAGGUUGUAAGCUCCUUGAGAGCAGGGACCAUAUUAUCUUUUUUACUUUUGUAAAUCACUCUCUCCACCAUUUCUUCACAGUGCCUAGUGCUAUUUAUGUGAUCUUUGAAUUUAACUGACAUACUUAAAGACUUGGAACAGGUCUAUUUUAGACUACAGAGGAAACAAAAGGCCUUAGAGUCAUCUGUUUGUAAUUUUAUCUCAGUCUCUUCCAUCUGCUUACCCUGGAUUCUAUAUUGAUCUUCUCCCUCUCCUUUCUCCCUUCCCUGGCUCUUUGCCUCCAUUCCAUGUAGUGUACACUAAGGCUGCCUGCUUCUGAGUCAAGUAAGUGGAUACUUUAGCCAUUCUUUUCGAGAGCACAUAAUACUAUCCUAGUCAAAUCUGCCUUUGUUUGCCUCAUCUUACAGCUUUGUGGUUCAGUUGCUUUACCUUUUUGCCUUGCUGUCCCAUUCUCUUCCACAGCACCGUGGUCUCAUGAAUUUUUCUAAUUUUGUUGUUGUUUGUUUCAUUAUUAAAUAUAUGCAUGUAUCCAAGCUGCUCAUA